CAGUGGCGAACGGCGUUGGUGCUUAUGCAGGGACCGAGCAGCAGGAGUCGGAGCCGCCGCCGUCUGAGCCACGAUCGCCGGCACUGUCAUCUGGGAUGACGGAGGAUCGGGCCGCUGCUGCAGCCAAGAAGACUUCCAGCUGUCCCAGUAUUGAGCAAAUGCUGGCCUCAAACCCUGGGAAGACGCCUAUUAGUUUACUGCAGGAGUAUGGAACAAGGAUUGGAAAGACACCGGUGUAUGAUUUGCUGAAAGCUGAGGGCCAAGCCCACCAACCCAAUUUCACUUUCCGAGUGACAGUUGGAGAUAUUAACUGCACAGGUCAGGGGCCUAGCAAAAAGGCAGCAAAGCACAAGGCAGCGGAAGCUGCCCUGAAAUUACUAAAGGGAGGAAACAUGUUGGAGCCCAUGUUGGAUGGAGUCAAGAUCUCUGGCACUGAGUCCAAAAGCUCAAGCUCUGCUCAGCUGGCGGAAUGCAACCCUGUUGGGGCAUUGCAGGAGCUGGUGGUUCAGAAAGGAUGGAGACUUCCGGAAUAUACAGUCACUCAGGAAUCUGGUCCUGCCCACCGGAAAGAGUUCACUAUGACUUGCAGGGUAGAGAGAUUCUUGGAGAUAGGGAGUGGGACUUCGAAAAAGCUGGCCAAGCGCAAUGCUGCUGCAAAGAUGUUAGCUAGAAUCCACGAUGUCCCUGUGGAUCAGAGGGACGGGAACGAAGUUGAGCCAGAAGAUGACCAGUUUUCCAUUAUGGUUGGUAAUAAGCUGGAUGGGCCAAAGGGCAAGAGCGCAGGUUGCACAUGGGAUUCGCUCCGGAAUUCUGCAGGGGAGCGAAUUCUUCACCUCAAGAGCAACCCACUUGGUGUUGCCAACUCUAACUUUUGCCAGAUGCUGAGGGAACUGGCAGAAGAGCAGCGGUUUGACAUCAGUUACUUAGAUAUCGAAGAGUUGAGUUUGAGUGGCCUGUACCAGUGUCUCGUGGAGCUAUCAACACAACCCACCACUGUUUGCCAUGGCUCUGGCUCAACAAGGGAUGGUGCCCGUGCCAGUGCAGCCCACAAUGCUUUGCAAUAUCUGAAAAUCAUGGCUGGAGGAAAGUGAACCCAGUGGAGAACGAUGAUCACUCCUCAGUCUGACCUGCACUGUUUUAAUUCCUGCCCGAACCGACAUGUUAUUUUAAAACCAACAGCUUGAAUUUCCCAAGUCGUGUACUUGAUUGGAAGUCGAGGUUUCUUAUGGUUUAGAAUGCCUAGGAGAUGCCUUUUUAUUUUUUGGGGGUGUGGGUCAGUGAUGCAAGGCAGGACGGAAGGAAUCUAAGUUUAUGUUGAACCUUUUUUCCAAAUGUGUUGCUCUCCCAUGUUGUCCACCUCAAAUUUACUGGAUGGUCAACAUGACACUGCUGUUGGCAAAUAAAUUCUCGCCCUCGAGUUUCACUCAAACUGGUAGUUAGAAGCCUACUGUGGUUGUGAAUAGUGUUCCCUCACCCUACUGACUGAGUUCAAGUUGAAUUGCUGCAGUGAUGAUGGCCAUCUGAUUUUUUAACUUAAUUUUGCAGGAAACAUGGCAUUUUAAUAGAUCAUGAGUUUGGGACUUUAAUUCGAUCUCCUUCCAACUGUCAGGGUCACUAAGCACCCUAAUAGGAAAUGGGUGUUUGUUAUCCCAACAUGAUGUGCUAUUGAUCCCAUGACGUUGCAUUGUGUGUCUGUCAAUUUCUCUUCAUGGCCAAUUUGCCUAAGCAGUGGCAAGACACUAGAUAGAGGGAGAGGCUCUUGUCUGCUUCUAUAUGCUUGACAUAAAAUAGCAUUACGAAACCUCCUAUGAGGCGGCUGGCCAACUGAGAAGGCUGGAGAAAGGUGUGUGUAAAAACAGUGGUUAAAGGUUAAAAAUGAAUGAUAAUUUUUGUUUUUGUCAAGUAUCAUGAAGUUUUUUUGAAAGAAGUUAUUGAUUGUUAUUUUUUCCUUCCGAACAAUCAAUGUGCUUUCCAGGCUCGGAACUCGAGUUACAAUAAUUGCAGUACCAAAACUUGCAAGUAUUCUCUGCAAACACUAUAGAGAACUGUCUACUUCCCUGAAAUUGUUUACCUUUUUGUAGCUACAACAGGAUUUUAUAAAUGCUAGUCUUAACAAGGCUGGAAUCUUUAAGAGGGAAUCUGUCUUAGACGCACACCCCUUGAGCAGAGUCCAACAUUAUUAUACAUUGCAGUUGUCUGCAGUCAAAUGUAGAUUCUUCUUCCAGUGCGCUAGGAUCUCCUCCAUUUUUUUAAAAAAAGGUUGACAUUUAUAUAUCAUCUGUCACAACUUUAUUGCAUCCCAAAAUGCUUUCCAGCAAGGGAAGUCCUUUUGAAGGGUUAUCAUAGAUUCCUUGGGCUCUAUGUAUUGUCCAGUGUGGCUCCAAAGCAGAUGUGCGGAGCAUCUGCAAGAUGUACCCUGGCUUGUACUGAGGUAACUGAUCUCAGCGUGGACCAUAGAGUUGCUACAAUUGGUGGGGUGAAGAAAGCGAUCGUUUUUUGCUUUUGAUUGCUAAAAGUGACCUUUUUGUAGAAAGUGUACUGUGUGAAAGUCAGGCGCUGGCAGUAUCUGACCAACUGUCAUGCCCAUCAUUCUGACAUCGCUUAGUAACAUGUGUCUCAGAGAUUAGAGCCCUGUGCUAGAGCAGACGUAGGUGCCUUCUGGAAAGGUGGAGUUAAAGAGAGAAAAGGAUGGGUAGAACAGAGAGACCCCAUAAUACAGUAGAUGCUUCACACCCAAGCUCCUGGCUCAUUCAGCCCAGUCCAGGAGAAGGUUCUGUUUACUUGCUACAAGGGCUCAAUGGCAAAUGGCAAUCAACUGAUCGUAGAUGUGGCGAAACUGUGGCAGUCUCAGUUGAGGCAAUUGCAAGAACUGGUGUAAAGUGUGGCGAUUGAGGUUGGGAUGUGCCAAAUUGGUUCAGUCAAGGGAGGUUUGCACGAAGGGUCAUUGGGCAAAGAACCCAACCACCAGGGGUUGCUCCCCUGGUGUAAAUGCAUACAUAUAUAGAAAGAAAAUCAUGUUUACAAUGUUACUGAAUGUAACAGUUCUUCCCAGUGUUGGGAUGGGGCAGAGGGCAUAUGUGGCUUUCUGUUUGACUGAAAGUGUCCCACUCCUCUACACCUCACAAUGAGCGCACAAUUGACCUGACAAAUGUGAUUCCAGAUAAAGCAUUUGUACAAAGGCUUUUCAUGGAGUUGGCAGAGUAUUAAAGAAAACUUUUGAUAAUUAUUAAAGGAAAUGAAUGUUUCUUUUCGUUGGUAGCAAAUCAAAAUGUUGCAUCCAGGUUCACGGUUUUCUUUUUAGAUGUUUCAAGUAUGUAUGCAUACAGUCUGUUGUUUGCUUGUUCUUUUAUACGUUUUGUAGUGCCCUUUUUUUCUCAGAAAUGGUGCUCCUUCAGCUCUCUCUGAUGCUUUGUGCAUAUUUGAUUGAGUUUGAGAAAGCUACAAAGGAACUGUUGAGGAAUAAGACCAUUUCUACCUGAAAUGGAUUACAAAUGUCAGAAAUGCUCUCAACCGUUUUGUCAGGACCUGGGGAGCAAAAAAGCAACUUAAUGUUUCAGUUGUAUUUGUAACUUUCUAAAAAUAUUUAAACAAACAAAUCUGCCCAACUUGAGUGAAUAAACAUGUAAAUUAUUCAUA